AUGCCCACCCACGCCGCACCCGGCCCACCGCCCCGGCCCACGUCUAGAUCUCCCUACAUCUUCUUCACCUGCACCAUCUCGCCCACCUCCCCGCUGCUGCCCCCCAUCCCCACGCCCGUCGCCAACCGCCACCCCUACGACCAGCUAAUUGAUCCCCGCACCGACUCAAAAACUCCAACAUCCCGCCCAUCGACUGGGAGCACGUCGCCAAGAACUCGUCUUCGCCCUCCAGUUCUCCGUCUCGCUCCCCAUCACCGCCGCCACCACCGCCACGGAAACGCAGCCGCAGCCGACGCAGCCGCCGCACAGACACAAGCCCCAGCCGCACCCCCAUCCGCCGCCAUCAACCUGCCCGCGACCGACUACAGGCCCAUCUAUUCGGCAUUGACACACCCCUCCGAUCUCCCCCAGCUGAUGACUACUGCGAGCCUCAUGAGUAGAGAACCUCUUGUGCCCCCGGAGAUGCUGCAGCCGACGUCACCGCAACAGCCCGCACGCCGCAUCACGUGCCCGCACACCACCAAAGCAAAGUCGGCGGCGUGGGGGUGGGGGUGGGUGUCGAUGCGGACCCCUGUUGCGGCAGCUGUGCUGAGUCCGGAGAGGAGCUGGAGGACAGCGCGCCCGGUGCUGCAGGUGAGGUGA